CAACUUGGCUCAAACUAGGUGUGGUAGUAGCUGAGAGUCGUCCUCAACAAGAAAUCUGAGCACAAACAUGUUUGUUUCUUCUGACAGGAUGCAGCAGCGACGACCUGACGAUGCAGCAGGAAUCUGAGGCAGAACCAAAGACGAAGGAGCUCCCCGCAGACCCUGUGUUCUGCCCACACGAGGAGCUUCACUCCAGACCCUUCAUCUCUCCGCGGUGCGAGCUCCCGGAGGACUUCCUGCACCUCUCACACUCGUUCGGUUACGACAGCAGGCGGAGGGCRAACCUGAAGCUGCUGGACGACCGGACUCUGCUUUUCAUCGCAGGAAACUUUCUCAUCCUGCUGGACAUUUCCACCAAGGAGCAGAGAUACCUGCGCUCCUGCGGCGGGGGAGGGAUUGGCGCCAUCGCUGUUCAUCCCAGCAGGAAGUAUGUUGCUGUGGCAGAAAAAGGAACCAAAGCCGUCAUCGUGGUGUACGAGUUUCCUUCUUUAAGACCGUACCGAGUCCUCAGAGGAUCCAAGCACCAGUUCAGCUUCGUGGAAUUCAACUGGGAAGGGAGCCUGUUGGUCAGCGUCACCGGGGACCCGGACUUCAUCCUGACCCUCUGGAACUGGACCCAGCAGGAGGUGGUCGAGAUCUGCAAGACUUCCCAGGAAGUCUACAGAGUCAGCUUCUCCCCGUACAACCCAGAACUGAUGACAUCAUCAGGAGCCGGACACAUCAAGUUCUGGAGAAUGUCCACCAGGUUCACAGGCUUCAGGCUGGAAGGAGUCGCGGGAGGUUUUGGACAGAUGUCAUCAACAGACAUCCAGGGCUGCCUGGACCUUCCUGAUGGGAAGGUGGUAUCAGGCACAGAGUGGGGCACCCUGCUGCUGUGGGAGGGAACCUCCCUCCAGGUGGAGAUUUGUCGUAAAGRGGGGCGGAGCUGCCACGCCGGCGCCGUCCUGCCGUUCGCUCUGGAGGACGGGCAGCUGAUGACGGCCGGCGCCGACGGCUUCAUCCGGACCUGGGACCUGGAGCGGAUCAACAGGGCCUCCAUCAGCGGCAGCAGGUUGGAGAUGGAGCCCAGCAACACCAUGCUGGUCGGACCCAACGCUUGUCUUUGCUCCGUGGUCCAGAGCUCGCUGCCCGACUCCUUCAUCUGGUUCGCUCAGGACUCCAACGGAGCCAUCUGGAAACUGGACCUGUCCUUCAGAAACACGGCUCCCGAUCCGGAGUGUCUGUUUUCCUUCCACGCCGGUCCGAUCCGAGGCCUGGACGUGUCGAACAAAUCCCACCUGAUGGCCACCACGGCUCUGGACCGUUCUGUCCGAGUCUUUGACUUCCUGUCCAACAGAGAGCUGCUGACGAGCCGCUUCAACCAGGGAGGAACAGUUCUCCUCUGGGCUCCGGCUUCAGUCAGCCAGAGCGGGGGGCUGCUGGUGAUCGGGUUCGAGGACGGGGUGGUCCGCUUACUGGAGCUGCACCACCCCGAGAGGCUGCGACUCCGACAGGCCUUCAAACCUCACCAUGCCCCCGUGACCGCCGUGGCGUACGAGCGCAACAGACUCAUCCUCGCCACGGGGAGCUCAGACUGCACCGUGUUCUUCUUCACCGUCGGGGAGAAGUACACCCCCAUCGGUUUCAUCCAGGUCCCCGGACCCGUUCAGGCCCUGGAGUGGUCUCCUCCGGCCCACGCAGAAAACACGCUGCUGGUCCUGUGUCGGAGCGGACACGCGGUCGAGGUCCAGAGUCCAGGUCCAAACCCCGAGGAGUCGCCCAGAACCUUCCAUCUGUCCGAGCUGCCCAGCAGGGCCUUCAGGUUUAAGAGCAUCAAGUCCCGGAUCAAGAGACACGAGGAGAUCAGACGACGUCAGGAGGAGUUGGGAAACCUGAGGAGCACUGCUGCAGAGCUGCAGGACCAGGAGCAGGACCCUGCUGGUCCCCUCUGCUGUGGUUUCUACUCUCAGCCCGGACAGUUCUGGCUCUCUGUGGGAGGCUUCGACGCAGGCUUCCUGUACCACUGUCAGUUCUCUGAGGACCAGGACCAGGACCCGGUCCUGAGACAAGACGAGCCCUUUGACUUCAGAGCCCUGAUGGGUGCAGACGAUGAUCCUGUUUGCUCCGUGACUUUCAGCAUCAAAACAGCCAAGCAGAAGCUGGAGGAGGACAUCCUGCGUCAGAAGGCUGAGCUGGUGGUGGCAGGGAAGCAGAGGCGUCUCGCCGAGCUCCAGGAGAAGUUCCAACAGGUUCUGAUGGACAACCAGAACCUGCCGGAGCACGUUCGUCUCACACCUGAGGAGCUGCAGCUGGACCCGGUUUUUAACGAGCUGGCAGAAAAGCUGAAGGUCCAGAAGGUCCUGGAGGUCAGGAAGCAGCUGGCCUGGGAGCAGGAGCGCAGCAGCAUCGCACUGACAAAACUGCAGGAGCGGUUGAAGAAGUCUCUGGGAGAYGAAACCAUCACUGUUGUCGCCAUCCUCAGCGACCGCCAAGUCUCCACCUACAGUCUGCAGCCGCUCCCUGAGACCUGGACCCGGAUCAGGACUCAGAACGAACCCGACCCGCUCGAUGGGGAUGCAGCAACGGACCGCAGGAGGUCCAAAACAGAACCUGUGAAAGAUGCAGGCCAGACAGCAGCUUCACAGCAGCUGGUGCCCCGCCCACCCGGGACCCCCAGGACCAAGGUCAAACUGGGGGACCGGCAGGAGGAGAGGCUCCGAAAGGAAGCAGAGAGAGCGGCGCAGGCUCGGGCCCGCAUCGAGACGAGGAGGCGGGAGUGGUCCCAAAUAUACGCAGAGAAGCCCCCGGACGACUUCGUGGACCCCCAGCUGGUCCAGGCCAUCCAUGAAGCUGAGGAGACGUUGAGAAASGCCUUCAGGAGGAAGGAGCUGAGGGUGAACGCUGAGAAGAAGAAAGAGGAGCUGAUUUCCUUACAGCUCAAAAUCUAUGAACAACAGACGGACAUGAACGGUCGGAUCGUAGCGCUGCGGGACGCUAAGAUCCAGCUGAUAACCUGGUUGGAGGCUCAGCUCCGGCGGCUGCAGGAGGUCCAACAACGUCUCGCAGAACGUCACCACCUCCCUCUGCCCGCCCUGCCCACCAUGUUGCCUGAGGAAACCCCAGACAGGAAGCUGCAGUGCAGCAGAGCAGCGUUACAGCGAWACUGGACACUGAGGCAGCAGAGUUUAAAAAACACAGAGGAGGAGGGAGCUGUGAGUUUAUUGGAGCAGCUGGAGRAAGAAAUGAAGGCAGAGCAGCAGAAAGAAGAAACUCUGCAUCUGUCUGCUUCAUCUGAUGAUGGUAAUGAGAACAAGGAGGAGGAGGAGCUGAGCGAGCUGGAGAAGGAGCUUCAGAGGGAAGAGGAGAUCCGACUGCUGCAUGAGCAGAACUGUCUCCUCCAGGAGAUGGAGAGCUCAGUCCGUCACUUCGACACGGAGCUCCUGCAGCUCUGCCACCAAAAACUCAAUCUGGACCAGCAGCUGAAACUGCUGGACCUCCGCCUGCUCACCGUCUUCAGGGAGAUGCUGCUGCUCAGACAGUUUCAGCCCCAGGAGGAGGUGCUGCAGGAGAAACUGAAGGGGUGCAUUCAGGAGGAGAAUAACAUCACGCUGGACCUGGAGGAGUGCAAGCAGCUGCUGGAGCUGAAGACACAGGAAAUAACCAACCUCCAGAAGAGAGAGGAAGCUCUGACUGAGGCCUUCCAGGCUUCGCUGGGAGAAGAAAACCCGUCCAGAGAGUUUCUGACCAAAGUCUUCAACAAGAAAAUCAAACGAGCGAAGAGGGCGGAGCAGACAGGAAGUGAAGAGGAAGAAGACAGUGACGAAGAAGACGACUCAGAAGAUGAGGACAGUGAGGACGAAGGAUCCUUCGUGGAUGAGACUGUUUGUCCAACAGACCGUGAGCCGCAGCUGCUGGAAAACACUCUGCAGCUCCGCCAGCGUCGGCUGGACCUAGAGGAGCUGCUGGCGGAGGAGAAGAUGGCCGCCGAGGCUCUGAACAAAGACCUGGAGACCCUCGUGAAGAAGGAGAAACGUGUCAGGAAGAACCGUCAGCAGGUGGAGAAGAACCUGGAGCUGCUCGACCAGGAGAAACAACAGAAGAUAAAGCAGCUGGAUGUGGUGAUCCCUCUGCAGCUCCACCAGCUCUGGAGCUGCAGAACACGGAGCUGAUGGUGCAGAGGUUCGGGAGGCUGGUGGACCUGGAGGCUCUGCAGACACUGCCGGGUCAUCGGAGGCUGGAGGAGCUGAAACAGGAGAAGCUCCUCCUGGAGAAAGCUCAGCGCCAGGAGCUCAGACUGUGGGAGGAGAGGAUUGAGGAGGCGCUGCAGGCCAAGAUGGAGGUGAUGGAGACRAACACACAAUGUCUGCGCAGCGUGGUCCAACUCUCCAAACAGAAGAGCCAACUGGAGGCCGAACUUCACUCCAGGCAGAAGAAAACGGGCAGACAGCAGUUCCAGGACUACAGGAGACGCUCAGACCAGGAGGACAUCCAGCGCCUCCAGGAGCUGGUCCAAACCCAGUCUGAGCAGGCCGAGGCCCUCAUCAGCGAGAUCCACUUCCUGUCAUCUAAAGGAGGCAUAGUCCUACCCCCCAUCCCCCCAAGUGAUGAGUAAGAAAGAAAAAAAUAUACAGAUUAGCUCUUUAUUAAUAUACACAUUAGUUUUUUAUUAGCUUUAACUUCACUCUGCUGGACAAUAAACAAUUUAUUGUUUUUAUGUUUAGUUUUUAUGUGAUUAAAUGUUAAAAUAUAUGUUUUUAUAAAUGACAAGAACAGGAAGUUCAUGUUCUCAUCUUCAUUCAGAGUUUGUUAAAAAAACUGAUGAGUUUUUACUUUUUCUACCAAACCUGACCAGAACCUGACAGGUUCGGUUUUCA